CACUGCCUCUGCGGGAGAUCCAUCUGAAAUAACUGGUUCAACUACAAAGUCAGAAUGGGAAAAAUGGGAUUUCCAUUUUUCAAGGGCUUAUGAAAGAGCACAGAGGACUGUUCGUGGAUCUGCAGACGAUAUAGGAUGGUUGAAGCGUGAUCCUGAGAUGCCUCCGGUUGAAGAUGGAACUGAGCAGUUUACAGAAAUUUAGACAAUAUUAGGCACGGUCUGCACAAACUACCAAACUCGAUUGUUUUUAUUGGUACCAGGUCUUUUCAGCAACCAUGGCCUCUCUAUUUUGUCAGUACAAAAACAAGUUUUACAAAGAUGGGUCUAACUUGUCAUAUUGCCAAAAUUCAUAGUGAGGCCUCAGUUGAGAAAAAUGCCAAAGAAAUAAAAGAUUGCAUUGAGGAAAUGUAUUGGGGUUCCAACAAACGUGUUUUGCUUCUGGGGCAUAGCAAAGGUGGAGUAGAUGCCGCGGCUGCUUUAUCUAUCUAUUGGUCUGACCUGAAGGAUAAGGUUGCUGGGUUGGCAAUAGCACAGAGUCCAUAUGGUGGAAGCCCUGUAGCUUCGGAUAUCUUGAGAGAAGGACAACUUGGUGAUUAUGUGAAUGUACGGAAACUUUUGGAGAUUCUGAUUUGCAAAGUCAUUAAGGGGGACAUGCAAGCUUUGGAAGACUUGACUUACGCGAAGAGGAAGGAAUUUUUGAAGAAACACUGUUUACCUAAGGAGCUUCCUGUUGUUUCUUUUCAUACCGAAGCCGGCAUCACUCCUGCCGGUCUGGCUACAUUAUCUCAUAUUGCUCAUGCGGAACUACCAUUGAUGGCUACCCUCUCUGAUGGCCAGCCAGCAAGGUUGCCCGUGGUCAUGCCCCUCAGUGCUGCUAUGGCCGCAUGCGCGCAGUUGCUGCAGGUCAGAUAUGGUGAAAAGAGCGAUGGGGUUGUGGCGUGCUGUGAUGCAGAAGCCCCGGGAUCCAUUGCGGUCCGGACACAACGUAAAUUAGACCAUGCCUGGAUGGUUUAUUCAUCAUUGAAUGACGACCCUUCCGAACCAGAUGCAACGCAAGUGUGCGAGGGUCUUUUAACACUGCUCGUAGAAGUUGGACAGAAAAAAAGACACCACUAUCGGUGAGAGAUGAAUGAGGUAAAGGUGGCUUGUGUCAUUGCCACACUUGGUUGUAAUGAAUGUCAACUGAGA